UUCUUCUCAUGUCUUAGUUGCGCAGCUGGUGGUCUGUCAUUUGGGAGGAUAACCUCAAUUCUUGAACCUCGAUCUAUCAGUCUGCGUACCUGACUACGGACCCUCGGUCCCUCCCACAUAAUGGCGCCUCUAAAUUCCUUCUUCCUCUCUGUGGUGCCAAUGCUGUCGCUGGUGGCAGCGAAGGAGCUGCCAGUGGACAUGGCCCUCAAAAAGGCGAUCUACGAUAACGGCAUCGUUCAUGAACAAAUCAUGGCGACGAAACAUCAAAUAUGGAGCCAGUUGGCCGAACAAGGAGCCUUUGACUCGUCGCAGUACAAGGCAUUCGACGAGGAGACGGAUUACUUGCCCUGCCAGGAUGGUAUCGUGUCCCUGGUUCCCGGUGAUCCCGCCAACACCUAUCGUUGCCAGGGCCUAGAUCUCUAUGACUUCAAGCCGCACGUGCAACUCGGCAACUCGACCGGGAGAGGGGCAGGUUCGUGGGGCUGGACAAGCCCCGAAGGCCGCGAGUUCGUUGCCAUCGCUCAGCAGGAUGGCACUGCUUUUGCCGAGGUCAGUCCCCAGGGCAAGCUCAUUUACCUUGGCCGGCUGCCUCAGUACGCCAAGGCAGUCCCGUCCAUGUGGCGGGAAAUCAAGGGAUACAAGAGCUACAUCCUCAUCGGCAGUGAGGCCGUGGACCAUGGCGUUCAGAUCUUCGACCUGAGAAAGCUCCUCGACGUGGAUCCGGCGAGCCCCGUGGUCUUUGACAGCGUCAAGGACCUUACGGGAUUCUGGAAUGAAGGCCUCCCUCUCGGCCGGUCGCACAACGUCGUGACGAAUGAAGAGUUGAAUUACGGGGUAGCCACAGGAUUCCAACCAAGGGACGGACCCCUCAGGGCGGGCUUGAUCUUUUUCGAUCUGACCGACCCGUCGAACCCCAAGACCUUGGGCGGCACCGGCGCAGAUGGCUACGUCCACGACGCCCAGUGUCUGGUGUAUAGAGGUCCGGACGAGAAGUACAACGGAAGGGAUAUUUGCUACGGAUACGACGAGGACUCCCUGACAAUUUUCGACGUUACCGAUAAGAAGAACAUCAAAGUCAUCUCCAACACCUCCUACGAAGGGUUCGCUUAUACCCACCAGGGCUGGGUGCUCGACCCGCAGUGGCAGCAAUACCUGGUCGCCGACGACGAGUACGACGAGUACGACAAGACGGGCUUCGGUGCGGAUGGUUAUCCCAUCUCUUACAUCUGGGACAUCACCUCGCUCGAGGCACCCAAGCAGACCGGUCACUACAAGGGCCUGAGGAAGGGAAUCGACCACAACCAGUUUGUGAAGGACGGAUUCGCGUAUCAGAGCAACUACGCAUUGGGUCUCAGCAUCCUCGAUCUGCGUUCUGUGCCGUCGGACCCGACCGGAAAGGGUAUCAAGGAGGUGGCGUACUUUGACACCCAUCCUGAAGAUGACCAUCUCCCAGGCGGAGGAAAUGUGACAUUCACGGGCUCCUGGAGUCAUUACCCCUUCUUCCCCAGCGGGUUCAUCGUCAUCAACACAAUGGACCGGGGCGCAUUUGUUGUGAAGCGCUCGAAGAGCGAUUGACGGAUUCUCAGCUUAAUUACCUGUGGUUGUUGAUCGCCUUUCAGGUGGGGAUGCAACCUAGCGCUGAUUCGCAAUGAUGUUGUCGAGGUUGCUUACACACAUGUUAAACGAUGCCAGUCUCUUCGGCCCUGAAGUCAGGUAUAUUUACUCAAUAUUACGAUGGCUGAUUGUUAGCCAUCUCUGCCUUGAUUGCCUCUUCUGGCCAUAGUUUGAGGCCCGAUAUUUACUU